CGAGAUGCAUAUCCGUACUCGCUCGAAUACCGAACCCGUUGGAUAGACAAUGACCAAUACUCACACAUCAACAACUCGGUCUACUACCACCUCUUCGACUCCAUCGUCAACACCUACCUUAUUACCCAUGCCCACCUCUCUCCCUCGACCUCACCGCUUAUCGGCCUCGUCGUCGCCUCGCACGCCCGCUUCCUCGCCCCACUUUCCUUCCCCGACGUCCUCGACCUCUGCCUCCGCGUCUCCGCACUCGGAACGAGCUCAGUGACAUACGAAGUCGCCAUUUUCGCCAAAGGCACCGACACCCCCGCCGUGCUCGGCGGCUACACCCACGUCUUCGUCCACCGCGAUUCGCGCAAGAGCGCGCCCAUAGCCCCCGACACGCGCGCCGCCUCGAACGGCUGCAAGUUUCGACAACCCCAAGCCCGAGCUCACCACUGUCACCCAUCGCGGCCAGGCUCUAACCGCCUCCGCAUCGAAAGCCCAUGA